AGCAAGCGGCCGAGCAAAUCAAUGGCGAUGACUUCAUCAGCUGCAGCAGCCGUCUCCUUCUCCGCCCGCCCGUCAGUGGCAACCACGACAUUCCGGCCGCGCGCCACCGUCCUGGCAUCCGCCUCCGCGGGCGCCAAGCGUCUGCGCACGAAAGCCCCCAAGGGAGGCAAGUGGUGGGCGCCGCUGGUCGGAUGGUCCGGGCGAGCAGACUACAUCGAGACCGCGGCGCCGGUGGUGGAGGAGGAAGAGGAGAAGGCGGCGAGGCCGUUCGCCGGCGGCCUGACGGAGGAGAAGGCGCGGCAGCUGCGCGCGCGGAUGGCGGAGAUGGACAGCUUCCACGACGCCAUGUAUCACUCCGCUAUCGCAUCCCGCCUCGCGCGCACAGCCUAGGAACGCCGGCCGCCAUGAGCGCGCGCAGAAAACCUACUAGCCAACUCGCCGGCACUACCGCGCGCUUACUCGUCGUUGGUGUGCCCGUGCGUCUGUGCAUAGCUGUUUCUUCUUCUUCUUCUUGUAAAUUACAAAGCUCCCCCGCUUCGUGUGCGUCCUCAUGGAGGAGAGGUUGAAGAUGAAGAAGGGAGGGAUCUGGUUUAUUUGGGUUGAUCCCCCUCCCCCUUCGUCCACAACGCGACGCUCCCCGAUCUGUAUAGUUUAAUUUUCUCUUUUUUCUUUUUGUAAAUUAUUACAAAGCUCAGAUGUAUGUAUAAAUGAAUCAAUUACAAGCUCGGAUCUUUCGACUUCA